AAGCCCUCGUCCCCACCGCGGCUUCCGGCGGCGGCGGCGGAAAUGGAGUACUUCACCUCGAGUCCCCUUUUCAUGCCUUUGGUCAAGCUAGUGGGCGAGUACCUGGGCAGCGAGGACUGGAUGCAUCAGCUCUUCCACCGCACCUACUUGCCUGCCCACUAUGCCCUCCCCGACCCGCCCGUCUCCGCCGCCGCUUGCCUCUUCGCCCUUCCCCCCCACGACGAUGUCGACCGCGUCAGCCGCCUCCCCGACACGCUCCUGCACAACAUCGUCUCCCGCCUCCCCGUAAAGGACGCCGCCCGCACCUCCGCGCUCUCCCGCCGCUGGUGCGGGGUCUGGCGCUCCGCCCCACUCGUCCUCGUCAACGCCGACCUCUUCCCCGCCACCUCCGCCGUGUCCAACGUCCUCGCCACGCACCUGGGCCCCGUCCGAUGCGUCCACCUCAACGGCUGCUACAUGGACGAGUUCCCUGCCCUGCUCACGGGCUGGCUCCAGAUCCUCGCCGACAAGGGUAUCCAGGAACUCGUCCUCGUCAACCGCCGGUGGCCGCUCGACGUCACUCUCCCUGACACUUUCUUAGGCAUGGCCACCCUCACCCGCCUCUACCUCGGCCCCUGGAAGUUCCCUGAGACGGCCGGCCUCCCGAGCGCCACCUGUUUCCGCAACCUCUGUGAGCUCGGGCUCUGCAAUGUCAUCAUGGAGAGCAGGGACUUGGACUUCGUCCUCGACAGGAGCCCCGUGCUGGAGAUGCUCUGUCUCGAAGGGAAUCUCUUCAGGCUUUGCCUCCGCCUUGUCAGCCAAAGCCUCCGGUGCGUGCAGAUCAUCGUGUGCUUCCUUGAAGAAAUCUUCGUGGUGAACGCCCCACGCCUUGAGCGGCUCAUCCAGUCCGAAGGUUGUACCCCUAAUGGCACCUGCACCAAGGUGAAGAUUGGCCAUGCCCCCAAGCUGCACUUGUUGGGAUACUUGGAGCUGGACCAAAGGCACAUCCUAGAGGUCGGCAACACCAUCAUCAAGGCUGGGACAGGGGUGAGUCCGAGCACCAUGGUGCCAAGUGUGGGAAUCCUGGCUUUGGAGGUGCGUUUCGAAGUCCGCAAUGAUGCCAAGAUGAUUCCUGAUGUCCUCAGAUGCUUUCCGAAUGUUGAGACGCUCCACAUCAAGUCUGGAAAAACCGACCAAUCCACUGGCAAGCAGAACUUGAAGUCAUGGCACGAAUCUGGCACCAUAGAAUGCAUCCGGUCGCGCAUCAAGCUGCUGGUUUUCCAUGAUUUCUGA